AAUUAGACCGACGGUAGUUAAACGUCGGUUAAUUGUCGCCGUUGCCCCACCCUACUGUACACAGCGCGCUUUCAAAUAAACCCGACAAUAAAUCUCCAUAAAACCACUGGCAUUCGCUAAUAUACGCGAUAAUACGCACGUAAAAGCAGGCGUUUUGGACGCGUUCACAGCCGAGUCGGUGAGCACGCGUCGUCAGGUGCUGCAGCGUCCAUAAACGCCCACCUACAAGAGCACCAGACGAGAGCUGCGCUUAAAUCCGAGAUGGCAAAAGCAGACCAACGCUUUGGGCAGAGAGAUGGAUCUGAUCAGAACUUUGACUACAUGUUCAAACUCCUGAUUAUUGGCAACAGUAGUGUAGGAAAGACCAGUUUUUUAUUCAGAUAUGCAGACGACUCCUUUAGCAACUCUUUCGUCAGCACAGUCGGCAUCGACUUUAAGGUGAAGACAGUUUACAGGAACGACAAGAGAGUGAAGCUCCAAAUAUGGGAUACAGCGGGACAGGAGCGGUAUAGAACUAUUACAACAGCUUACUAUAGAGGAGCCAUGGGCUUCAUCCUCAUGUACGACAUCACAAAUGAAGAGUCCUUCAAUGCAGUGCAGGACUGGGCAACACAGAUUAAGACCUAUUCAUGGGAUAACGCUCAGGUGAUAUUAGUGGGGAACAAAUGUGACAUGGAUGAGGAAAGGGUGGUGCCUUUUGAAAAGGGGAAACACUUGGCCGACCAGUUAGGGUUUGAGUACUACGAAGCCAGCGCCAAGGAGAACAUCAACGUCAGACAAGUAUUCGAGCGCUUAGUUGACAUUAUCUGUGUGAAGAUGUCCGAGAGAGUCGAUACGGAUCCACCCAUGGUCACCGGUGCCAAAACCACCCGGCUAACCGAUAAGCCGCCCCAGCUACCUCAGAAUUGUUGCUGAUUUCCAUCUCGACUCAUAUGCCAACGUAUCAGCAGCAGAUCCAAUGUUGUUUGGUUUGAUCUUAUGUUAUAUGGCGAUUGGAACCAAUCUGGGGUGCGUUUCAUAGUAUGAUACAUCGUUAGAAAAAUUAACUAGCUAGUGACGACUGUUUCUGGAAAUCGUAGUAACAUGGUCGCACCUUCAUCAUUUAAACAUGUUGGUCCAACAAUAUAGAAUUGUCGUUAAUGACGUCGCACACAGGCAUUGGAGUAAAAACUUCUGAUAAAUAAUCGAUUCGAUAGUUUAUAGUUCAUUUACUCAAACAACAGAACGCUGUUCCUUUUUUUAAAUCACGUUAACAUGUAGUAUGUAAUUGGCAUACACUUUACAUUUGGUUGUUUCAAUAAGCAUCUUCUCUACAACGUAAUUUCUAACUUCGACGAACGUAGCAUCUAAGGAUUGCUUAACUAUUUUGUUCCCCUUGUUUUUCUUUAUUUGAUGUACGAUUCAUCACAUGUUCCCUUUUCCGUCAUACUCCAGGGUUCCCGUAUGCAAUUACACACAUGCGCACUCUUCAAAAAUGCUGCUCAUUGUAGACACGCUAAAAUACAUAUAAAACAAUGUAUAUUUAGACGGCAUGCUAACAAGAAACUAUGCUUCUAA